UUGGAGGACGUCACGUCAAGGCAGCUAGCUAGCUCGUGCUGGCGGAGGGUCAUGGUGGUUGUUUGUUCAUGUCAUGGCCUUCAUUUUCGAUUUUCUCCCAGGACCCUUGUCUCUUCUUCGGAUCCACAAGCAUUAGCCGCACAUACUCUAAUGCAAGCAGUAUUCGUACACCUAAUCUCAAGUUUCACGAACAUGUUGAUUGUUUGUGGUAUGGUUGCAACUUGUCCGCAGGUAGAAAAAGGCAAUCCGAUCUGGGCAUCGAUCGAGUCUUAUCCGCGCCCAGUGUGUUGCAAAUAAUGCCACCGACAGUUCGCUGUAGAUCCCGUUUUCUCUUUCCGGCAUGUGUUUGCAGACUUCUCCAACCCUAAACACCCUCACAACAAACGUUGACUCGUCGAGGGACUUGACAUGAUGAGCUCCUUUCACUGACACGUUCGUGUUCAUGCAUUACAGAUACUGACAAGCACUCCAGCGAAGCCUGGACGAGUAUAAGAAUGAGAGAGACAUCCAGUUCUGGACAAUCCGUAGUGUAGUUCGCAAAGUAACGUUAGUUUUGUUGGCCAAUCACAUCAUGGAAAACUUCAGUCUAACAAGAGAUCCUGAGCAGUUGGAUGGCAAGUUACUGUUUGCUAUCCCAAAGAAAGGGCGACUAUAUGAGCCAUCAGUUGCUCUUCUUCAAAGCUGUGAUCUCAAGUACCGUCGUAAACAUCGCCUAGAUGUAGCAGGCUGCUUGACACUGAAUGUUGCGUUUGUCUUCUUACCCGCCGCUGACAUUCCGCUGUAUGUCAGUCAAGGAAGAGUUGACCUGGGUAUCACAGGCCAGGAUGUAGUAGCAGAAGCUCAAGUUGACGUUGAUGAAGUGUUGCGUUUGGACUUUGGAAAAUGCAGACUUUGUGUGCAGGUGCCCACUGCAUCCGAAUGUCAAAAAGCAGAAGACUUGGCAGGGAAGCGAGUGAUUACAUCAUUCCCAAAUCUCACAAGGCAGUUCUUCAAGACUAAGUGUCCAAAUGGAGAUGCAGCAACUGUGCAUUUUGUCAGCGGCUCUGUUGAGGUUGCAUGCUGUCUGGGUCUUGGAGAGGGAAUCGUUGAUCUGGUGGAGAGUGGUGACACAAUGCGCGCUGCUGGCUUGCACGCAAUAGAUGAAAUAUUGAAAUCUGAGGCUGUACUUAUUGCCAACAAGAACUCUCAACAUCAGGAUCUUGUCAAGGUGAUUUCUUCUCGUGUGGAAGGUGCCAUCAUUGCCAAGCGAUAUGUCAUGGUGGAGUACAACUUGAGGCGUGAAGAUUUACCCAAGGCAAUUCAGGUUGCCCCAGGCAAGCGCUCUCCCACUCUGGCUCCAUUGGAUGAUCCAGAUUGGGUUGCUGUCAAAGUCAUGGUUCCUAAUCACGACCUUGGCAAUAUCUUGGACAGUUUGAAAGCUGUCGGUGCUCUGGACAUUGUUGUCUACAACCUUAGCAACACUCGGCCCUGAUCAUCUCUUCGCUGACGACUUCCUACAUACCGGUGCAGCAUAUGGCGAGAACACUGGCUACACCACGUUUCCCUCUACUAUCUGCACUGCCAUGGGUUGCAGCACUACUAGUACAGCGCACUGUGCACAUGUAGGUAGGUCGUUAUGCUUGCUACCCUGCUUUCAGUGCUCACAUUAGCAAUUUUCAUGCUGCUUUUCUCUUAUAUCCGUGAACGCUUCAUUUCAUUUUUGGUAUUUAUUUUCUUGCAGAUUAGCUUUCUCAGAGAAUGUACUCCAUCCCAUUUGCCUCGGCUGGUCCUACAUGCGCUUGCUACUGUUCACUACUACAUACAUUUUGCUUCGGCUGGUUUUAUGCUUUGGCAAUUUCCCUAAGGUUAUUAAGUUAUUUUUCCACAAAGUUUGUAGCGUUCUCAAGCUACUUAACUUAAGGCCGUUUUGGAAUAAAUUUUACUCUGCGUACCUGCUGAGAUAUU